ACCAACCAACAAGCACAGUCUAAUCCCCGUGUCGGACGAGAGCAGCCAUCCCCCCUUUCUCCGUCGCCGUGUCGCUGUGAGAGGAGCGGGAAAAUGAGGUCGCUGGCGCUCGUCGUUCAUCGCUCCUUUCGUAAAUUCGAGGCAUGCGCCGAUUGGCUGACCGGGGCUGCGGGGCCCGUCUUUGUGCUCCUGUGUCUCUUCCUCGUUGGCGUAGGCGUCUGGACCUUUUUCUCGACGAUGUUCCCGUACCUAGCGCCCUUUCCACCGACGCUGGCCAAGCUCGUCAAGACCCGGUCGCCAAUCCACAUUAUCCUCGGUCUCCUCCCUGCCCUGGCCCAACACCCCUGGCUGGCCCUUCGAUGGGUUCUGGCGCUUUCUGGAUGCGCAUUCAUCGUCUACAGCAUCGGCUACCACUACAUGAUGGCCGUGCGAGAGCCGCCAGGGUCGGUGCUGGACGGCCUGUCAGACGAGCUGGGCGAGAGGAGGCUGGGGCCGGGCAGCGAGCACUGGUGGCAGCGGCACCGGCGACGAGCGGCACGGGAGAGCGUCGUUGCGCUCCGGAGAAGGCAGCAUAAGAGUCUCCAAAAUGAGCCACCGCUUCCAUUGGCCCCGCCAAGGGCAACGCCGGCCGCGACGACGAUCGCAGCGAGGGUCGUUUCCACGGUGGUCGACGACGAUGAGGCAGACGAGGCGGCCGAGAGUGACGAUCUCUUCACGAUUGCAAAAAUGUGCCACAAGUGCCCCAGGGUGGCGCUAUGGCGAGCCCUUGCAUCGCUGCCGCCAGAACUACGAGAAGUAGAGCGGCGGUUGCGGUCAGUCAAGAAGGUCGAGCAGCAGCAGUCGCAUCAGCACCAACGCAAGAGUGCCAAUGGGAACGGCCACCACUCGCCGGUGGAUGGCUGGGGACAGGACCAGGACACGGUGCAGUCUGCCAGAGGCGAGACAGAGGACGACAUCCGGGCAUGGCUGGGAGACGAGGCCGAUAACCUUGUCCCGCCGCCAAAGCCCGAGCGAACGCACCACUGCAGCGUCUGCGAGACGUGCGUUCUCAAGUUCGACCAUCACUGCCCCUGGCUUAAUCAAUGCGUGGGUUUGGGCAAUGAGCGUUACUUCCUCCUCUUCAUGGCCUGGCUCUCGCUCGGCUGCUUUGUCGUCGUCUGCUCUGGAUUCCCAGUUGUUCGGCAGUCGAUCUCGUUUGGCCGCUGGGAGUAUCGCUAUACACCCCGCGUCUUUGUCCUCCUCACCUACGCCCUGUGCGCUAUUAUGGGCUUCGCUUUGGCCGUCAUGUCUACCUGGCAGGCACUAAUCAUUGCCUGGGGAGAGACGAGUGUAGAGAACAGCGAUAAUACCCACUACAGAGAAGUCUGCAGACGAAAGAACGUCGCCUUUACAAACGUCUACGACGUCGGCUUCCUUCACAACCUCGAGCUCUACUUCAACGUUGGUGCGCAAUCACGACAUGGCUAUCUUUCCAUCCUCGCGCCCUGGCGCAUCGAGCCCUACUCCGACGGCUGGCAUUGGGCAAAGACGAUGGGCAUGGGCCUCGCCGGCAGGCACGAGGGCAUCAGUCCCGACGAUGAGCUGACCGACGACGAGGAACAGGCGCAGGAGGACAGAUAAAUUUAAUUUUCAUCAUUUAAUACAUGGACUUUAACUGGAG